GCCUCGAGGUCGUAGCCGACAGCGAGGCAGGCCGCCAUGACACACAAGGCCGGAAGCGCCCGUCCGGAUUGGGCAUGCGCCUGGGGACCGCAAAUUUCCCACCUCGGGACCGCAAAUCUAGCAAGACGAAGAGCACUGCGAGGGGGGUGCUUUUUCGCGGGCACGUCCGCGAAAUGCCCCUACGAAGCCUAGGCGAUCUGCGCAAUUUGCGGUCCCAAAUUUGCGGUCCCUCGGCAGGCCUUGCGGAUGACAACAAACCCGCUAUCCUCAGCGCAGCCGGCAUGCUCUCCACAGCAAUCCUUAGCGACACUCGCUUGACCCACCACUUGGACAACACGAGGGAGUGCCGAGAGCGUAUCACUAUAGAGCAACAUGGGCGUGCGCGGGCUAUGGGAGGUACUGCAACCGGCCUCAACACAGGAGUCCAUCGAAGACUACUUCAUGCGUGAAGGGAUUGUACGACGGCAGCGAGGGGAGCGAGUGUACAGACUGGGUAUAGACACAAGCAUCUGGUUUCAUCAGGUGCAGAACACCUUCGCCGUCGGGCAUGCACAGUCGGGUGAAAACCCUGAACUGCGCACGCUGUUCUACCGUUUGGCCCGCCUCCUCCGCCUACAUGUGCACGCAAUAUUCGUGUUCGAUGGCCCGGAUCGACCGGCCGAAAAGCGCGGGAGACGGGUGGUGCCGGCUGGUCACUGGAUGGUUGAAGCGAUGAAGGGCUUCAUCGAUGCAUUUGGAUAUGCAUACUGGACGGCACCCGGUGAGGCAGAAGCAGAGCUUGCACUGUUCAACCAAGCCGGCUUCAUUGAUGGAGUGCUCACUGACGACGGUGAUGCAUUCCUCUUUGGAGCGCGAACGGUAAUUCGUAACUUCGACGCGAAGGCAACAACACUCACCAUCACCCGCGCCGAGUCCGUCCUGACGCACAAUGCUGUGUCGCUCAGCCGUCCCGGUAUGAUAUUGUUUGCAUUGCUCAGUGGCGGUGAUUAUGACGAGGGUGGUCUGCCUGGGUUUGGACCAAGGGUUGCCCUCGGGCUCGCACGUUAUCAAUUCGGCGAAACACUCUGUCAGGCAGUCCGCAUGCACUGGCACGGCGAUCUGUCACAAGUCCUGUCAGAUUGGCGCAACAAUAUGCGACAGACGCUAUGCUCCGACCCUCAGAACUUACUUGGUCGGCGUUACCAUCGCCUCUCGACCCAAAUCCCGGACACCUUCCCCAAUCCCGACAUCAUCGAUUCUUAUAUCCACCCUGUAACGUCACCAUACGAAGACUUCGAGGUGCCGCCACUGCAGCCGCCUAACAUCGCGCGGCUUGGUGCGCUCUGUGAGCGCUACUUCUCCUGGGGGACGGUGCCAGGAAUCAUUGAACGUUUCGGCAAUUGUGUACUUCCGGGCGUUGUGGUACGUGUCCUCAUCAAUCAGACGGUCAAACACGACGAGCUCUGUGUCACCAAGGACACAUAUGAGGAUCCCCUUGAACCACUUAUUCAAGUUGAUCGUGACAGCCGUCGACGUCGAGGGGCACGAACCAUAGCCGUUGUUGAUACAGGCUUUGCCGCAGCUGCAACCUCGGCUCUGCUUGGCCUACGCCCAGUUGAUGACAAUCACCCUCGCCCCGCCUCAUUACAUUACGUGGUGCUGCCAAAGCUACUUAUUCCGUUUGUGUGGGACUCGGACAGGGAGACUACAACACGAGGUAUGUGAUCACAGUUUGCAAAUUCUGUCUAUUAAUGCUCGUGAAUAUGUUGGCAGGCAAGGUGACCACCUCGACCCAGCCGACUUCCAGCCGAAAUGCU